CGUCAUGAUUUUCAUAGCGUUAAAACUUCCAAAGGGUAGUGGUAUCUCUCACUUGGAACAGCUGUUGCAAUAGGAACUCAUGAAAGGUAUUAUGCAAACAAAUUGCGUGUAUUUCGUGUUAUUGGUGACACUGGUCUGUGUAUACACAGUGCUUGGAAAUGACUCCUUGUUACCGCCAAGUAGACCGUCCGCCUUCCGGAGUCCGGCACAGCUCCGAAGAUACCUGAAAGCCCUUAAUGAUUAUUAUGCUAUAGUGGGUAGGCCUAGAUUUGGAAAAAGAAAUAACGAUUAUUCAUUAACAGACCAGGAUGAAGUUGAUGGAUUUUUAUAUUCGAGUCGAGACAAGCCAGAUAUUUUAGGACCACAAUGGUGGUAAUGGUUUAUACCACAUUCCAAGGGGAUUAUUACUGCUUUAACAGUGUAUUCGUAUGAACUGAUGUACAUAUCAGUGUUCAGAUUUAUUUUUUGAAUAAAGACCGAAAUAUUGCUCUGAAAACACAAUACUCUUAAUAUUAACAGUUUUAUGACAAUAUGUGUUAUCAAAAUCAUUUAAUUAAUUCAUUACAUGUG